AUGCUCCCGCGGAACACACCAGAGGACUUCGCACUGGUGCGGUUGGGCUGCCUGGCGCGAGUGCAGGACUUGACCGGGUAUCAAUCUUUGAAAUCCAGCUGGGUGCUCCUGGGCUUGCGGGAGAGGCAGCUGCUCGUGCGACAUUUUCUGGCGGAUGGGAUCGAGACACCCGCUUUUCUGUGCGAGUUCCUGCCCGACUGUGUGGGCAAGGCGAAAGACAACCGCAACGUGGGGCUCCACCUUCUUCUUGAGGUGAUGGUCCACCUCGUCGAACACUUGCACCAAGCGAGUGCCAAACUACAUCAGGGACAAGAGGUCAAAAUGAUUAGCGUGGAUCUCUCCGACUUUGCCGAGUUCAUCUCCGUCGUGCAGAACAGGUUCAUCUUCUCUACCUGCAUAAGCCGCAGCAAGCUCUCCGUGGAAGAUUCCCGAAGAUGGUACUUACAGAUGACCAGCAAUAACUGGUCUCGGACACACGAGAAAGACACGGACACCACCACAUUGGCGUACGGAGUCAAGGAGAUGUUGCAGCGCCAGAAGUUCUUGCAAGAAGUCAUCACGUCACCUGGCGCAUCGCCGGGUGAGGGCCAUGGAGCAUGA